CGGCUUUCCUUGUCCCGAAACAUUUAACUAACAUUGUGAUCUCUUCAUCAGAAGAAAUCGAGAGAAAGGACGAAAGCUUGGGGAGAUGUAAAAGAAAAUAUAGAAUACGUAACCAGCAGUUGAAAUUAAAUUUACUUAAAGCAAAUGACCAAGUGCUCGCAUAUCAAGGUCGAGCAGAUGAAGGUGAAUUGAUUAUCCGAGGGAAAAAUAGAAAAGUUGAUCAUGAGGUUGACGACAUUAUCGAUGGCACCAAUAAUAAUGAAAGCACAGAUGUAUCAGCGAAUCAAGCAUCGUUGUCAAUCAUGUCGAUAGCAAUGGGCAAGGUGGACAGAACUAUCUUAUUAUCAACUUGUAGGGAUAUUAUUAAAACUUUUCGAAUGUGGACUGUACCUAACAACAUGGAAUUUAUUCUUGACCCAAAUGAUCGACGAAUGGCGAGAAUUUUUACCCCCUCAGGAUUGGAAGAACUUAGGAAUAUGGUAAAUUACCACAUUAACUCAACAAUCAAUAAAGACCUGUGGGAUUUUGUUGAGUCAUUUCAAUACAAGAAUUAUUGCGCAUCAAAUGAAAUCAUCCUUGAUCCUGACAUUGAUGAACAGUAUUAUCACAAAAUUUACGUUAUAAAUGUCAUCCAAGCAUUAAAUGUUGUUCCAUCCAUUCCAUCGCGUGAUCGUCGUAAUAGAGGAAAUUCGAUGGAAGUAAGAGUUCAAUCAGGGAACAAACCCGGUUUUCAUUUAAUGGAAUCACCACAGCUAAUGUGUGGAGAGAUCAAGAGAGGAGACGACCUCAAAACAGAUCAGCUAAAUACCGGAAAAUUAUUACAAGAACUUUCGGAUGAAUUGGAAUAUGUUUUUAAAAAUCGUGUUGGAAUUUAUGUAAUGCGUGUUUUAGGAAAUGGUGUUUAUCUUGGUUCUGAGGUUGAUAACUUUGAGAUACCGACAAUUUUGCAGGACAUCGAUAAGUUAAUAGACGGGAUCCAAAAAGUGCUCAUAAGUAAAGUACGAUUUGAAGAAUCUGUCAAGUGUAUAGAAAUCACCAAGAAAGUUGUUUAUCCCUCUUCUCCAAGGUUGGUGUCAGAUUUACCUGGAAAGAUCGUCAGAGCAACUAAUCACUCUCCCAAAAGA